GCUGACGCCGCGGGCCCCGCCGCUGCCGCCCCGCAGGUGGCGGACGGGCUGCUCAAGGUGCACGUGGCGCUGGGCAACGUGGCGAGCAAGAGGGAGAGGAUCAAGAUCCUCUACAAGAAGAUUGACGAUGUAAUAAAAUACCUCGAUCCCCAGUACAUUGACAGAAUGGCCGUGCCGGAUGCCAUGAAGCUGCAGUUCAUCUUGGCAGAGGAGCAGCUGAUUCCUGCCCAGGCAGCCCUUCUGGAGCAGGUGAAGAACCUCCAGCCCAUCUUGGACAGCCCCUGUAUCCAAGCUGUUCCUGACCACGCAGCCAAACUGCAGCGGCUCUCGCAAAUCCACAUACAGCAGCAGGAGCAGUGCGAAGUGCUCACGGACGCUGUCAAGACGCUCCUUGAAGACUACAACAAAAUGACCCUGCUUCUCUCCAAGCAGUUUGUCCAGUGGGAUGAAACACUGACACAGCUGGAGGCAGCCAAGAAGGUGAAACCCGCGGCGGAGUGAGGGCAGUGCUGGGAGCUGGGGGAGCCCCCGUGGGCCCCCCUGGCCCUAGUGCCCCAGCCCUGCUGCCAGGCCCCGCUGCCUGGCACCGCAGGAGCGGCUGCAGUGUCCCCAGCACCCACAGCCUCAGCACGGGGGGCACUGUGGGUUCGGGGGCACCCUCUGCUUUGCGGCUGUGCCUUGGGGCCACGCUCUUGGUGUCCUCUUAAUGCCACUGUCUGCAAGUCUUGCACUUCCAUGGAAUCUUUUUGGUUUGUAACUUAUUUAAAAGGCCCUUUCUGCUGUUAACUGUGGACCAUAGUAAAGGUGUGAAACACUAA